AUGUUACCAGCCUCAGUCCAAAGUGCCCCUUACCCCGACCAGGUGGUCGCAGUGGACCCCAAUGGCACUGGCGAGCCCGUGAGCAUCAGCAUCUCCCACAUCUCCCUCCAAGAGAGAGCUCACUCUAACGUGGGUGCAUCUGGGGAAGUUGAUGUCGGCAAUUUACGAUGGAAAGUUGGUGAAACGCUGAGUUGCUGCGAGAAAUUCGGCGAUAUGUAA